AUGUCACAUUCUAUGAAUAUUGAUGAUGAGAGCGACCGAGCGUUUGGACUGUGUACUCCGAAAGCAUCAAUUAAAUGCCUGCCUUCUCAGCCCGAUAUAGCUUACACUCCUUGUUAUGAAAAAUACAUUGCUCGGUCGAAACGACGCCAAGAGUCCGGUAAACUGAUCACAAGCCUUCCCACCGGCUUUCCUCAGAGACUGGAGUCUGACCUCGUUUGGGAUGGCCAAGAACUUGCCAACAAUUUUGAUUGGACGUAUCGUCUGACUGAUCAGGAUCUGAAGGAGAUCGAUGCUGCUGUCGAGCACUUCAAAAGUCUCGAUCGCCCUUUGAGCUAUUUGAAUCCUGAUACGUUUCCCUUGCCAUCGCUACACAACACACUAAGAGACAUCUCACGUGAACUCCACUCAGGCCACGGCUUCAAAGUCGUACAGGGCGUACCGGUCGAUAAUUAUACCAAGGAAGACCAAAUCAUUAUUUAUUCAGGACUAUCUUCUCAUGUCGCCCCUAUCAGGGGCCGUCAAGACAGCACCUGGGACGGAAAGAAUGUGGAUGUUGCUUUGGCCCACAUCAUAGACAUUUCUAGGAAUUUCGGUCUUGAUAAUGUUGGAUCUCCUGCCUAUACAACCGAGAAGCAAGUCUUCCAUACUGAUAGUGGUGAUGUGAUUACCCUAUUCUGCCUCGGAGAAGCAGAGGAAGGAGGCCAAAGCCACAUCGCUAAUAGUUGGUUUGUUUAUAACGAACUCGCCGCCAAGCGGCCUGACCUCAUCCGAACAUCGGCAGAGCCGUGGGAGGUUGAUGGCUUUGGAAAGAGUGGUCAAAAGUCUACUUUCCGGCCUUUACUAUAUCACCAGGCAGCAACCGACAAGCAUCCAGAACGGAUGAUAAUUCAGUAUGGACGUCGGUACUUCACUGGACAUUCGGGUCUUCCUCGUUCCAGCGACAUCGGCCCUAUUACCGAAGCCCAGGCGGAGGCACUGGAUGCUCUUCAUUUCCUAGCUGAGAAACAUGCAGUCACCCUCGACUUCCACAAAGGCGACAUCCAGUUCGCCAAUAAUCUGAGCCUCUUCCAUGCUCGGGCGGGUUUCAGAGACUCAAAAGAGAAACAACGUCAUCUAGUGCGACUUUGGCUUCGUGAUCCAGAGCUAGCUUGGGAGACACCUGGGCCUCUCCAGCAACUUUGGGAUCGAGUCUACAAAGACCUCGACCUUGACAACACGUUUUUUCCGAUUGAUCCAGUCAUGAGAGAUUUGAUGGGGUGA